AUGGGCGGAUCAGCCUCCUUGGUGGAUGUAUAUAUUGUGUAUAUGGCUGGAGAGACGUCAGUUGUAUGCAGAUCGAAAGUGAAGGAUGAGGUGGGAUGUUGCCUGCAGGAGGAGAAGUUAACGUUAUUUACGUACGAUCCAGAGGCUUGGCGGGACGAUGGCCAGAAACGGCAACUUUUGACAUCCUCACAAAGAACACCGCAGAAGAUACAAGCUCAAGGACCAUCCUUACAAGCUCACUAUUUAUCCAGCAAGGCAGCUCCCGCACCCGCAGCGGGACCAGCACCGACAAGGACAAACGCAGAGAUCAACCUUUCAGUUCUCCGACGACACAACCCAUCCAUAUCCUCCAUCCUCUCCCUCGCCCAAUACGCAGUCAUCUACCACUUCAACGCAAGAACACAGCUAUGGGAGAAGAUCGGGGUGGAGGGGACACUAUUUGUCUGCCAACUUACCCCAGGCGAACUGGGUGAGGACAGAUACAGCGUGUUCCUACUAAACCGGCGAGGAAUGAACAACUUCGACGUCAAACUUUCAACCGGAGACGACAUUGAGAUCACGGAGGAGUACGUUAUAUUGAAGGUGGACGAGGAAGACAACACCGCUCCCCAGACACCCGAGAAAGGCGCAGUGAUGGCUUCACCUGGAAUAAAGGCAAUGAUAUAUGGGAUUUGGAUAUUUUCGGAACCGCCUCCGAGCUCGACUGCGGAUGCGAGGACGCUGAAUGCACAGGUUAUUAAGGAAUGCGCGGUAUAUGCGGGGGAGAGCAGGAAGGCUGCGGAGGAACGACUGGCUGAGGAAAGAAGGCAGGCUGCUGCGCAGGGUAGUUAUUAUCCUAGUGAUACGGGUGACGGGGAAGGGUUGCAGGGCGGAAUACCCAUGGGUAGACAGAUUUCGCUCAAGGAGCUGUUUGGACAGCAGAGAGCGCAGGAUGAUGAGUGGAGUGUCAAGGUGCAUAGUCCGGGUGCUGGGAAUGCAGGGCCGCAACACACAUCGUUCCCUCUGCCUCCUCACCAGCCUGCACCUCCGCUUCCCCAGCAACACGGAGGAUGGAACCAGACAAUGCCGUUUCCUUCGGGUGGGAAUAAUGUGUUGGGAGAACUCUUCCGCAGCGCCAGUAUGAAUUACCAAACAGGAAAUAACAACUAG